UCUGUGAAAUCAAUAAAAAUAUAUUUUUUAUAAAAAUGCAUCUUGGAUAUACUUCCACAUCAGGACAUAUAGAUCAAAUUCAUUGUUUUCUAACAGCUACAUAGUAUUCUAGAGUAUGGAUGGACGGUAAACUAUUAGAUCAAUCCCCAGUUUUUCCAGUUGGGGAGGGUCAUCUUUCACACCUUUACGUCAGUGGGCCAGUACUUCUGGUGUCUGGGCUUUGGCCACUUCCAGCAGAAAAGAAUGAAGAGACCUCUGUCUUUUCCUGGAGGGGGCUCAGCAAUUGGGAGCCAUCCUGGUUCCUGAGUCAUAGCUGCCCUUAUGACAUCAUAGCUCCCCCCACACACACACACUCUUUCCCCAUGCCGUGGCUGGAGUAACAGACCUGAGGGGAUUUGAACCAUCUACACCCAACCCAUGUGGGACCAAUGGUAAGAGACAGAUGCAGGCUUUUUAGGGGUGUCCCCACAGGAUGAGGGGGCGCCCUGACACCUGAAUACGCUGGGAGCCCUGGAAGCUGAGGACUGUGGGAUACUGAAGGGAGAAUCUCUCCUUCCCCCCCAACUGCUGAUAGCAGGAGAUGGACCAGCCUGAGAACGCUGACGAACUCGCGGAAGAGGAGCCUCAGCCGCAGGGGGAGCCAACGGGCUCGCCCCCAGCACCGCGGGCCCUAGAGGCCGAGGCGGAGGCGAACAAUGCGAAUACAGUUGAGGCAAAGAAAGUGGAUAAUGCUAAUGAAGGACCCAAAAAAAUCUUACCAUACAAAAGUAGGCCCCCCCCUCGCGACCCAGAAGUGGUGAGGAUCCAGGCCUGGUGGCGGGGCAUCCGGGUGCGCCGGUCCCUGCUGUUCGCGGCCCUCGGAGCCCUGACCAUCCAGCGCUGGUGGAAGCAGAUCCGCAUGAGGGCACUGGAGGCGCGGCGGCGGGCGGUGCUGGAGGCCUUCACCCGGAAGGAGUGGGCCGCGGUCAGGCUGCAGUCCUGGGUCCGCAUGUGGCGCAUCCGCCUGCGCUACUGCCGCCUGCUCCACGCCGCCCGCAUCAUCCAGGGCUAUUGGCGGUGCCGGCCCUGCAGCUCCCGGGGCUUCAUUAAGGGCCACUACCGAGUCACGGCCAACCAGCUGCACCUGGAGCUGGAGAUCGUGCUGGGCUCGGAGCCCUGCAUCGUGUCGGAGUGUAUUCCCCUCCCAGUAAAGCAGUGACGCGGUC